AAAUUUAUGAGAAAGAUAUUAUCAUCAGCAUUGGCAAUAAGUUUUAGAAGAACACCAUUAGUGAUUCCAAAACGUACUUAGCGUUUAACUGCUGCUUUGAUUUCUCUUCCAUUGAUAAGAUAUGGAUUUUAAGUAUGGAAUUGCAAAUAGAUUAGACUCUAAAUUUGAAUGAUGCUUAUGAAGUAUCAAUUGAAGAUAAUUUGAAUGAAGGAGAAAUGAGAGAAGUUUAGGUAGGUCCAAAAAAAGAAGAUGCCGUCUUGGUAUGCAAAGUAGAUGGACAGAUAUAUUGUGUUUCAAAUUCAUGUCCACAUGUUGGAGCUCCAUUAUCAGCUGGAUUCUUAGUUGGAGAUAAAGUGAAGUGUCCUUUUCAUAAUGCAAGUUUUUCAGUCAAAGAUGGUGUUCAUGAAGAAGGACCAAUGUUUAGAGGAUUAUAAACAUUCCCAGUUAAACAAGAAAAUGGUUAAUUAGUUAUAAGAGUAGAGAAAUCAUUAUUAAAUGCUCCAAGAACAUUAAAUAUGGUAACAAAGGGAGAUGAUCCAACACACGUUGUUAUAGUAGGUGGAGGGUAUUAUAAAUUAAAUAAUUAUUAUAGAGUAUCAGGUUAAAGUGCUGCAGAGACUCUUCGUUAAGCUGGAUUUAGAGGAAGAAUAACAAUAAUAACAGCAGAAGAUUCAUUACCUUAUGAUAGAACUCCUAUGAGUAAGAUGACCUUUAUGGUUAAAUAAUAAGGUUUAUAAAUAAGACCAUAAUAAUUUUAUGAAUAAUAUGGCAUUGAUGUUAUGACUAAAACAACAGUUGAUCAAAUUGAUAUCAAUAAUUAAGAUGUUAUUGUUGGAAAGGAAAGAAUUCAUUAUGAUAAAUUAUUAUUAGCUACAGGAGGUACUGCUCGUAGACCUCAAUUAGAUGGAGUCAAUUUAGGUAAUGUACAUACUCUUAGAUAAUUCAAUGAUUUAUAAUAAAUUAGAAAUAAAGCUAAAGAGGCUAAAAAUGUUGUCAUUGUAGGAGCAUCAUUUAUUGGAAUGGAAACUGCAUCAGCAAUUAAAAAAGAAUUAAAAGAUUAAGUCAAUAUCACAGUUGUAGAUAGUACAACAGUUCCAUUUGAAAGAGUGCUUGGUAAGGAAGUUGGAUAAUCACUUUAAACAUUACAUGAAGCAAAUGGAAUUGAAUUUGUAUUGAAUGCAGGAGUGAAAAGAAUAGGUGGAGUUGGUUAAGUAGAAAGGGUAGAUUUACUUAAUGGAAAAUCAUUAUAAGCAGAUUUGGUAAUUUUGGGAACAGGAAUACAACCAAAUAAUAAAUUAGUAAAAGAUUAAUUAAAAAUAUCUCCUAAUGGUGGUAUAGAAACAGAUGUUUUUUUGAAGGCUGCAAAGAAUGUCUAUGCUUCAGGUGAUAUUUCAAGUUAUCCAUAUUGGGUUACAGGUGAACAUGUUAGAAUAGAGCAUUAAAAUGAAGCAGUUAGAUAAGGGUAAUAAUUAAUAAUAAUAUUAAUAUAGUUAUGUAGCUGCUUUGAAUAUAUUAGGUAAACCCACUCCUUUGACAGAUGUACCAUUUUUCUGGACAAGAUAAUGGGAUAGAACUUUAGCAUAUAGUGGAGUUGGAUAAGGAUUUGAUGAAGUGAUUGUAGAUGGAGAUUUAAGUCAAUAGAAGUUUGUAGCUUAUUAUAGUAGAAAAGGACGUAUAGUAGCAUCUGCAAGUAUGAAUACUCCUAAUGUAUAAUAAAAUUGAUUAAUUUUUAGGCUUAAAUGAUAAUAUCAGAAGCUUUAAGAUUAAAUGUUAUGCCUAGUGCACAAGACUUGAAGGAAAAGAAAGUUAAUUUGAAUGACAUUAAGAAGACUGUAUUAAGCAAGGGAACUUCUUGUCAUUGCAAACGUGCUGGGUAAUGUUAGGCAUAAUUAUGAGUUUAUUAAUAAAUCCAAAUUAAUU